GAGUUCUGCAGCAGGAUGAACGCACUGAAUAACUGCAGUUUGUUUUAGGGGACGGGACGAUGCUGCUGGUGGCCAGUAAGGUUCUAAACAAGGACAAACCGGUGGUCGGAGUGAACACGGACCCAGAGAGGUCAGAAGGUCAUCUCUGCCUCCCUGUGCGCUACACCCGCGCCUUCCCAGAGGCUCUGGACAAGCUCUGCCGUGGUGAGUUCAGGUGGCUGUGGCGCCAGAGGAUCCGUCUGCAUCUGGAGGGAACCGGAAUAAACCCGACCCCGGUGGACCUGCACGAGCAGCAGCUGAGCCUGGAGCAACACAACCAGGCUCACCGGAUCACCACCAUGGACCACCAGAACAGUACGGGAAGCGGAACCUUACAGCAGACCUACUCCAAGUCCAGCCUGCUUCCUGUCAGGAGCCUGAAUGAAAUCUUCAUCGGGGAGUCUCUGUCGUCCAGGGCGAAGUUAAAACCCUUCAAACCACAUGUUAAACUCUUGCUCCAUAGGGCCUCCUACUAUGAGAUCUCUGUGGACGACGGUCCAUGGGAGAAACAGAAGAGCUCAGGACUCAGCAUCUGUACCGGAACAGGGUCCAAAGCCUGGUCCUACAACAUCAACAAGCUGGCUGAGCAGUCUGUGGAGGAGGUUCUGAAAAUAGGAGCGAAUCGGGCCGGAGUUAAACUCCCGCUCAGCCGGGAGUUCAUAGAAAGAGUAACCGACGAGUACAACGAGUCGCUGGUGUUCAGUCCUGAAGAGCGGCGCCUGUUCUACAGCGUCAGGGAACCCAUCAGCAACAGAGUGUUCUCUAGCAGCCGCCAGAGAGGCUUCGCCAACAAGGUGUGCGUUCGCUCUCGCUGCUGGGACGCCUGCAUGGUGGUGGACGGCGGCACCUCCUUCGAGUUCAACGACGGCGCCAUCGCCACGGUCAGCAUGAGCGAGGAGGACCAGCUCAGGACGGUCCUCCUGGAAAACUGAGACGGGUCAUAGCGGGGAGGGGGAGGGGCGUCAGAUCGAACCAAAGGGAAGUUCUGGGUUUCCUGGCCGCCAUGAAGGAGGCGGCGAUAGGUUCUAGUUGCCAUUGAUCCAGGAUCAGGUUGUUUAGUUCUUCUCAGACUCUAAACCCAUGAUGAUGAUGAUGAUGAUGACCUUCCUGUUCAUUGAAGGAGGAAAGUGAAGCUGCGUUAACGUCUGACUGAUGAUGCUAUUAUUUCUGCUCUGAUUUGG